AAUGGUCGAUGAAAUAACGUUCGAUGUAUCGAAAGUAUCGAUAAUGGAGUAGUACAAUAGUUGCAACUAUCAUAUAUCGUAAAAUUUGAAACUCGUUUAACCGUUCAAGUAGUACGUAUUGUCAUGGAUAGUGCAACUAAUUAUCCAUCUUGUAUAAAAAUUCCAUCAACAAGUUCAAAACAAAAUGUGAUAAAUACAUAUGGACAAAAAUUAAAUUUAAAAGAAACUUUAGUUCUUAAUAAUGAUUUAAUAUUAUUAGCGAAUCAAAUACUUGGUGAAGGAAAAUGGAGUCACACUAUUACUAAUCAGACAAUAGAUUUUGUUGAAUCUUUUAUGGGUAAAUAUGUUUGUGGAUGUGUGACAUUUGUGAAGAUUCAAUUACAGGAUGGAACAUUUCACGAAGACAUGGGAUAUUGUUAUACAGAGGAAGCUAUGAAAGGUUUAUCGAUACAUUGUGCAAGGAUUGGUUCUCUUACAGAUGCUUUUAAAAAAGUAUUAUCAUGUUUUGGUAAAGUAAUAAACACUGAGAUACAAGUGUUAUCAAAAAAGUUACCAAACUCAUGUAUACCUAACACUCAAAAAGAAGAUUUGCAAUAUUCUUCAUUUACUACACUAGAACCGUGUGCCCAAUCAACUCCACUUUUAUCUAACAAAAAUGAUGAAGAAAAGCAAAAGACAGACAAUCUAUUGAAACAGAAAAUCCCAAGUACAACAAAGGAGGAAAUAUUUCUACAACCUAGAUCAAACAGUCCUGUUGCACAAAUACCACUUAAAACUUCAAAUGAUGUGAAAAGUCACUUUCAACCAAAUGUUGUGAGUCACCAUAAAGAACAAAAUAUUGUUCAAAUAGAACAAGAUUCAAAAUCAGUGUCUGAAGAAGAACUUUUACGAAUUGAACGGAAACGAAAACAAAUGGAGAAACAAGCAGAAUAUAAAAGACUAAUGAAGGAAAGAGAACAGCAGAAGGCUAACGAAAAUAAAAAGAUCAAUCCAAAAUACUGAUCAAUGAAGUUAAAAAAUAAUAUAAUAUUAAAAAACUAUCUGUCAAUGUUUAGAUGUAAUGGUGGCGCCAUCUAUUGAUAACUCGAUGGUAUUAAAAACAGAAUUUUCUACUUUUAGUACCACCGAGUUACCAAUGGGUGGCGCCACCAUUACCUCUAAACACUGACAGGUGACAGUUUUUCCACAAAUUACGAGAAGAAAUUAAUUAAAAGGAAUCGUUUGUGAAUUAUUAUCGUUGCGUCUUCGAUUUUAGACACCCUAAACUGCAGUUUUAUGUUUUGUUUAAGUAUAGUUUACGUAUAUAAAGAAUGUUUCAAUUUCGUUUACGUUAGUAGUACUGCCAGUAAUGUGCGCAUAAUUUCUCGGAAACUAUAGUGAACAUUGGAUUCACAUUUAUUUGCGAACGUAACUGAUAGCAUUAUCUUUGAAAUAUGUGAUCGUAGAGUGCAAAUUUGUAUCGUGAAAAAUUAAAAUUAUUUAUUUUCCUCAUAUCGUUAUAGAGCGUUUAGUUCCACCGGUCUGCCACAACGCGGCGCUAGUGUUUCUUACCCCGUAAAACAGAGAAAUUUUCAUUUGCAAAAAAACCUAAUUUAGCGA